GAUAAUUUAACACACACAGAUAUAAAGUUGUGUAGGUAUAUAUUAAUACACAAACACAGCUGUAUUAAAACGCCGGCAUUUUAUACAUUUUUAUAAUUUUACAUCAUACAUUGUUAUUUCACUUGGUUUCACUGUAAAAACAAAAUUAAAAAAAACUUGUUGCGUGGACAGUUUGAUUAACCUGAGAUUACUCAAAAUUUGAUUGUUAAAAAAAAAAAAAAAUAACAUACGGUGUUGAAUUAAAAUCGCCAACAAUCAUGGGGGAUGAUAUAAAAUUAUUUAUGUCAAUUGGUUUGAGUGAACAAAAAGCCAAGGAGACAUUAAAAAAUGUUCAGGUUACAAAAAAUCUAAAAUCAGCAAUUACAGCUGCAAAUAAAAAUGAUGGUGAAAUAUCACAAGAAACCGGUAUUCUAUUGUACCACUUGGCAUCAAAAAUAAAACAACAAAUAUUGGAUAAAAUAGAACUCAUUGUUGAUUAUAUUGUUGCAAAAAAAUUGGACAGUACAUUACGUGUUGAUGCAGCAUUAAAUUAUUUGCUAACUAAUGUUAAUAAAACAAUAAAUAUUCAAGAAUUUGAAGAAUCAUGUGGUGUUGGUGUAAUAGUAACACCAGAAGAAAUUGAAAAUGCCAUUGAAAAAUUAAUAAGCAAAAAUAAAAAUGAAAUAAUUGAAAAACGAUACAGAUUUAAUGCUGGACCAUUGAUGCAAGAAGUACGUACAUUACUUAAAUGGGCUGAUGGUAAAGCAAUUAAAAAUGAAGUUGAUUUACAAAUAUUUGAUUUACUUGGUGCUAAAACAGAUGCUGAUCUUGCACCAUUACCAAAAAUAAUAAAAGAAAAAAAACCUAAAAAAGAUGAUAAUAAAAAUAAUGAAAAAUUAAAUGAUAAUAAAGAUGUAACACCAAUAACAAUGAAUGAAUUAAUGAAAUCAGUUAAUUUUCAUAAACCUGGUGAAAAUUAUAAAACUGAGGGUUAUGUUGUUACUGAUAAUACACAUAAAUUACUUGAACAACAUUUAAAAGCAACACGUGGUCUUGUUAGAACAAGAUUUCCACCAGAACCAAAUGGUAUACUUCAUAUUGGACAUGCAAAAGCAAUAAAUAUUAAUUUUGGUUAUGCAUCAGCAAAUGGUGGUUUAUGUUUUCUUCGUUAUGAUGAUACAAAUCCAGAAAAAGAAGAAGAAAAAUUUUUUGUUGGUAUACGUGAUAUGGUUGAAUGGCUUGGUUAUAAACCAUCAAAAAUAACUCAUUCAUCAGAUAAUUUUCAACAAUUAUAUGAAUGGGCUGUGAUGUUAAUUGAAAAAGGUCAUGCAUAUGUUUGUCAUCAAAAAAGUGAAGAAAUGAAAGGUUUUAAUCCACCACCAAGUCCAUGGCGUAAUAGACCAGUUGCUGAGAGUCUUCAAUUAUUUGAAGAUAUGAAAAAUGGUAUGUUAGAUGAGGGUGAAGCAACAUUACGUAUGAAAUUAACACUUGAAGAGGGUAAACAAGAUCCAGUUGCAUAUAGAAUUAAAUAUGCACCACAUCAUCGUACUGGUAAUCAAUGGUGUAUUUAUCCAACUUAUGAUUUUACACAUUGUCUUUGUGAUAGUAUUGAAAAUAUAACACAUUCAUUAUGUACUAAAGAAUUUCAAUCACGUAGAUCAUCAUAUUAUUGGUUGUGUAAUACAUUGGAUUUAUAUUGUCCAGUACAAUGGGAAUAUGGUAGAUUAAAUGUUAGCUAUACAGUUGUAUCAAAAAGAAAAAUUGGUAAAUUAAUUGAAGAACAUAUUGUUGCUGAUUGGGAUGAUCCAAGAUUAUUUACAUUAACAGCAUUACGUAGACGUGGUUUUCCAGCUGAGGCUAUUAAUAAUUUUUGUGCACAAAUGGGUGUUACUGGUGCACAAGCAACAGUUGAUCCAGCUGUACUUGAAGCUGCUGUUAGAGAUGUUCUUAAUAUUAAAGCACCAAGACAUAUGGUUGUUAUUGAUCCACUCAAAGUUACAAUUACAAAUUAUCAAGAUAAUUUAAAAAAUAUUAAUGUUGCUGAUUUUCCAAAUGAAACAACAAAAGGACAACAUACUAUUGCAUUUGAUGAAAUUGUUUAUAUUGAUGCAUCUGAUUUUAAAGAAACUGAAGAAAAAGGAUAUAGACGUUUGACAUUUAAACAACCAGUUGGAUUAAAGUAUGCUGGUGUUGUUUUACAUUUACAAAAAAUUGAAAAAGAUGCUAGUGGUAAAGUAACUGGUUUAGUUGUUAGACAAGAACCAGUUAAUGAUCAAAAUAAACCAAAAGCAUUUAUUCAUUGGGUUGCUAAACCAAAGGUAGCAUCAAUAAGAUUAUAUGACAAAUUAUUUAAACAUAAAAAUCCAGAAGAUAUUAAUGAAGUACCAAAUGGUUAUUUGAGUGAUAUUAAUAUUAAUAGUAAAAAAGAAGUUGUUGGAUAUGUUGAUGCUAGUUUGAUUAAUAUUGCAAAACCAUUUACACAAUUUCAAUUUGAAAGAAUUGGAUUCUUUUCUGUUGAUCCUGAUUCACGUCCAGACAGGCUGGUGUUUAAUCGUACUGUUGGACUCAAGGAAGACUCUGGAAAAGCAUAAUAAUUAGUAAUCAUGAAAAUGUAAUUUUUUUGUGUUGUUUUUUUUUUUUUUU